AGGCGGGGGACAGGCCGGGCCGGGCCGGCAGGAAAGGGCGGUGAGGCGUGGCGGGAGCAGCCAGCUAGCAGAGGCCAUGAGCGGGCGGCGGGGCUCGGAAAACCCGGCCGAGGGCUGCAGCGGCGAUGUUUUUCUUCCUGACCCCCAUGUGCCAGCGGUAACCUUCCUCCAAGAACUGCCCAGUUACCAAUCUAUGAGGAGACGAAGAUUAGUAACCGGAAAUGUGGAUAACUCUCACAGUUUAGCACGAUCGGCUUCUCGAGAGGCCAGGAAUCUCAUCCAAGGGAUGGAAACAAGAAAUGUCAACCUCGACCGUCCGCUGAGAGAAUGCGCCAUGCCGCUCGCGGAGAAGAGACGUUUAAGGGAGCUUGAAGAAAAACAAAUACAAUCCCAGUCAAGGUGGAAUCAGUGGAAGAAGGCAACUAAUAAAUCACUCAAGAGAACGAUAGAGAAUAUCAAAGAACUAAUCUCUUACCUGGAAUUGUGGAGAUAUGACAUCCGUAGCAUCGAGGAGAAAUUUGGCACUGGGGUCAAGUCCUACUUCUCUUUCCUGCGGUUCCUGGUGGUCUUAAACGUGGUCAUCUUCCUUCUCCUGUUCAGCUUCAUCACCCUUCCGACGGCUCUUGUUCAAUAUGGAGUUGUGAAUGGCAGCUAUGUGAAAGUUCCCCCAGAAACGGGGCCAGAAUGCACCGUUUAUACGAUCGGCAACACCAAGGGACUGGUCUACUUCUACAGUUAUAUUAUAGAUCUGCUGUCUGGCACAGGGUUUCUUGAAAUGACAAGUCUCUUUUAUGGCUAUUACUCCGUGGAUAACGUACCUUUGGGUCUGCUGGAGUACCACGUGCCACUGGCGUAUUUGCUGAUCACGCUGGCUUGCCUUUCGGUGAGCUUUGUCUGGAUUAUCAAACGCUCGGUAGAAGGUUUUAAACGAAGCUUGAUAUACAACGAAGAUCCGUUUCAGAGCUACUGCAAUAAAAUUCUUGCUGGCUGGGAUUUCUGCAUUACAGAUGUAAACGCUGCUCGGCUAAAACACAGCAGUUUACUUUAUGAACUUAAAACAGAUUUGCAGGAUGAACGAUUAAGACAGAAGGCAGCAGACAGAAGCCUCAAAGAGAAAACGCGUAUUUAUUGUUUGAGGAUCUUCUUAAACUGUGUCGUUUUGGGUGUUUUGUCGGCUUGCUUUUAUUCCAUCUAUAGAGUAACCGUCUAUUCACAAGAACACAGUUUCCCAGAAAAAAACAUCAAAUUAGACGACCUCUUUGUGCAGUACUUACCUUCUAUAGUGAUCACUGUCGCGAACUUUUUUGCGCCGCUGAUUUUUUCGUUUCUCAUCAAAUACGAAGACUAUUCGCCCAUCUUCGAGAUACGGUUAACUCUGAUCAGGUGUGUCUUUGUGCGUUUGGCCAACAUUGCCGUCCUUUUGAUUUCGCUGUGGACUCGAAUCACGUCCUGUGCUGAGAAAUGCAAGACGUGUGGAUACAACUACCACCUUUAUCCAUGCUGGGAAUCCCGAGUUGGCCAGGAAAUGUAUAAACUGAUGAUCUUUGACUUGAUCAUCAUCUGCGCUGUUAUCGUCUUCAUUGACUUUCCUAGGAAGUUGAUUGUGAGCCAUUGUCCCGUCAAGGCCUUCCGGUGGGUUGGGCUACAGGAGUUUGCCAUCCCGGACAACGUGUUGGAAAUAGUUUAUGGACAAACGAUCUGCUGGAUCGGAACCUUCUACUGUCCUCUCCUCCCAGCAAUUGCAGCCGUAAAAUAUUUCAUUGUCUUUUAUAUUAAAAAGUUGAGCCUGAUGCACACGUGUAAACCUUCAGCCCGGCCCUUCAGAGCUUCCAGUUCCAACUUUUUCUUCUUGGUGGUACUUCUGAUUGGUCUCAUUUUGGCAUUCAUUCCUUUGGGACUCAGUAUGACACGCAUUCCGUCCUCUAAAGCCUGUGGGCCUUUCGUGAACUUCAAUCGUUCGUGGGAUGUCAUCGGACACACCAUCCAGAAACUGCCCCUCACCUUGCAAAGGAUCCUGAACGGCAUUUCUUCCGAAACGUUUGCUGUGCCUUUCUUCAUGGUUACCUGCUUCGUUGUGUUUUGUUUCAUUGCCUUGGCUGGAGCACAUAAAAGAGUGAUUAAUCAACUGAGGGAACAAUUAGCUAUGGAGAGUCGGGACAAGCUCUUCCUGAUCCAGCAAUUAACUAAAGCUCAGAUGCUUCGCUGGGACUUUUUCAAUCCUCUUGAAGGGAACAUUAAGUCCAAGCAAGGAGGAGCUGGAAUCAGCAAAUAACUGGAGUCGCCGCCAUCCCAAACUGGGACACAGAUUCAACUUGUUGUAAAUGGAGGAUUUUCUGCGGUGCUGGCUUCAUUUGUGUUAAAGAGUGCUCAGCUGCUGUGAUAGCACCACACAAGAGCCACAACGAACGCUUGCUAAACAAAGAGGAUGCUGGAGUCAUGGGGAUGGAUGAGGAUGAACUGUAUUGCAGCACAAACUAUGCGACUCACGAAGUACAGCAUCGGGACACAAGUGUAAUUAGUGUGAACUUAAACUGUACUAGUAGUCCUUGAUUUAGCAACGAUCGCUUCGUGAGUAUUCAGGGUUCCCGUGGACACCCCCAAAAGUAGCUACAACCCAGUUCUGAAAUUUCCAUAUGAUCUGUCCCCGUCCACACACACACACAAACACAGCCAGCCGAGGGUUAAGGAAGCACUUUGGCACACACCCAGGUCUUUAUCUCCAACUUGGCAGCGAUAUACACACCGUCUGCCAAGUGCUUUUAUUUCCACAGAACAGAAAGAUAAUAUACUCAGCGUACAAGAGUCCAACAGAAUAAUAUUCCUCUCAGCAGUUUCGGACGAUGCUUUAGUGACUAUCCAAGGUUUAUUUUUGUUCGUCACAGGGAUCACUGGCCACCACCCUCUAUUAUAUAGUCUCUGGGGUGUGGUCCAGUGACUCAGUUCUAAUCCCUAGCACGCCUCCUGAGCUGCUGCAAUCGUUUAUCACGCCUUCGGAGGCGUGCGUCCAGGAAUGAUGUCUCUCCUUCACUCUCAUCCGAGACACCUGUCUCCCGGCUAAUCUCCUCUCCCUCGGCCGGCACCUGAGACAGUGCCAGAGGGGAGGGGCCUGGAGAGGGAGGCCUGGCUGACUCCUCUUCCUCAUGCUCGGAGCUUUCUUCCUCCGAUGGGAUAGGCUCAGAGGGCGGGGCCACAACACCAUAGCCCCUCUCCCCAAAUCAUAAACGCAAUUCAGGCACUCGGCCACUAGCCCGCAUUUACAGCCAUUAACAGUGUUCUGAAAAUCACAUGAUUGAUUUAUCAUGGUUUGGCUGAAAACUGGGUUUACUUCCAGUUUUUUUGGCAAAAACGCCUCGUAGCAAACAACGAGUUUGGUUAAUGACCGUGGUGAUUUCCUUAACAGCCUACAAAAAAAAUGGUAAAAUCAGGUCAGUCAUAUGUUGACCUGCUUUCUAACUUUGUGACCGUAAAUGGGCAGGCUCCAUUACAGUCGUAAAUCAAGGACUACCUGUAAUCUGUUGGCCCUCAGGUAGCAUUCCUUUUCUGGUCUCUGGAAGAACAUCCCCACCGGUAUCCCGAGAGCCAUCCCACUCCGAAAAUACCCCCAAAGUCCUUGUAAACCCAGUGGCUCCCCCAAACCUUUGGGAUAGUUUGGGCAUUAAGUCCCUCUAGCACUUAACUUCUUAGAGGAACAAUCGUUCCCAGAUUUAUGGUCAUGGCCUUUUACUGCUUUUUAUUAUUGUUUGAUGGAGAUAAAGUUUUAUGGAGCUAGGGACCAUUCGAAACCUAAUCAGUAAAGAGAGUCAAAAGGUCAGGGACUGCUGCUGAGCAAUCACAGUUGUUGAGAUUUCUAUUUUUUUAAUUAUUAUUUAAAAAGUUUUAACAAUCAUUACAACAAUUUUCCCCCCUCCCACCCCCCCAUCCCCCCUCUCCCUCCAACCCCCCUCCCCCCAGCCACCACCACCACCACCCGGACUUCUCAGAGCAAAAACAGGGUAUAGCAUAACAAACAUAAGCUAAAAUAAGCUAACUUUCUGUAGUCUCCAAACUUCCCUCUUGCUCUUUAACUCCCCUUUCAACUAACUAAACAUAUUCAAAAAGAAAAUACAGGUUUCAUUCAUAAGCUGUUUGAAACUUUUUAGUCCGAUAUUUGUUUUGAAUAUAGUCAAUCCAUCUUCUCCAUUCCGAUACCAAGCUGCCAGAUUCCCUGGCCUUGUGCACAAGUUACUUUGAUCCCUGUGUUCAGUGUACACAAAUCUGGACUGCCGGAACCCAGAAAACAGCAACCAAUUUUAAGGCCGAAGAGCUGAGGAUUUAAUGACCGGGGAGAGGGACCACGUAACUUUUGUUAUAAAACCAUGGAAAUAAUACAGGCAGUCCCUGUUUGGUAGCUGUCUCCUUUAGCGACUGUUUGCAGUUAACAACGGUGAUGAAAAAGUAACUGUAUGGCCAAAUUUGUGAGCCUCGCCGGUCGCAAAAGGAAAACUGGAGUAAGAUCAGAAGCAUAGUGGUGGUUUCGCUUAGUGACUGCCUCACUUAACAACUGCUGGUGGUCUCUAAAUGAGGACAACCAGUACUUAUUUGGAGGAGAGGACAAACAUCUGGCUUAACGUUAUAAAUUUAAGAGCCUUGGUGGCGCAGCAGACUAAAGUGCUGUUAAGUAGCACCAGCUGCCUGCAAUUACUGCAAGUAAUCACCAGGCUCAAGGUUGACUCAGCCUUCCAUCCUUUCGAGGUAGGUAAAAUGAGGACCUGGAUUGUGGGGGCACUAAGCUGACUUUGUAUAUAUUUUAAAAAAAGAACACCGCUUGGGGGGGGGCGCAUAUAAAUCGAACCAAUAAAUAAAUAAAUAAUAAACAAACAAACAAACUUGAAAUGUGACAUCUGCAUUUAAGAACUGUGCCUGUUAUAAGGGUAUGUUAAAAGACUGGUCCCUCAAUGUUUUAUAGAAAACAUUUGUAAAAACCAAGCAAGGAUGUAAAUACAAUAAAUAUACCGUGAAAACUU